GGUGUAAUAUAUUACUUGUCGGUAUAGUUUCAACUUCUGUUAUAUCCAUUGCGACAUUUAUUUCUAUUGUAGGAUCUAAAGAUGCCCAUAUCAACUCGAUUCGUGUAGAACAAUGUGACAAAGAACCGUGUGUAGUACAUAAAGGUGCAGACUAUACGGUGCAAGUUAACUUUACAACAACACGAGAUAUUAAUGAGGCCCACAAUGUGUUACACGGUGGACUAGGAUUUCUUCAAGUUCCAUUUCCAUUAACUCCAGAGAAUGCUUGUAUUAAAAGUGUAACAUGUCCGAUGAUUGCUGGAAACACAUAUAUCUAUAGACAAACAAUGACAUGCCCCUCAUUUGCUCCAAGUUUAAAAGUUACCGCAAGAUGGGAGUUAAAAGAUGAGCAUGGUGCUGAUAUAUUCUGCUUCGCUACUGGAUUAAGUAUUAUUAGUUAAUAAGCAAUGAAACUUUGAAACAUUAUACAAUUGUUACAAAUAGAAAAUAUAAUAUUG